AUGACGUCCCCAUCGCCAAUCUGGCAACCAAAAGCAAUUAUUUUCGACCUCCUUACGGCCCUGUUAGACUCUUGGAGUCUUUGGGAUGCGUGUACAACUUCUAUAGCUGCUGCAGAGGGCCGACUUUGGCGGGCACGCUAUCUGGAACUGACCUUCGACACUGGCGCAUACGUCCCAUAUGAACAGCUCGUUCACAAAGCCGCAAAGGAUGUUGGCUUGCCUGACUCGGCUCCCAGGACGUUAUUGGAAAACCGGGACAAACUUCAACCAUGGCCCGAGGUUGCCCACGUCUUAGAGCAGCUGAAGUUUCAGGGUUAUAAGCUUGGCGUAGUAACCAAUUGUUCGCAGCAUCUGGGGACUAUUGCCGCCGGUAUAGUCGGAAGUUUUGACUCAGUCGUCACCGCAGAGGAGAGUGGCUUUUACAACCCUGCUAGGCAAGCUUAUCAGGCCAUCUUGGCAGCCAUGGGUGUUCAGACUCAAGACGCAUUGUUUGUUGCAGGUAGUGCAGGAGAUGUUGAAGGCGCAACAAAUGCCGGCAUGAAAGUCGUCUGGCAUAACAAGAUUGGGCUGCCAAGACAGGGCCAAUCGGUUCCACUUAAGGAGGCUACAAGUCUGUAUAAUGCUUUAUUGGACUUUAUGUAA